AUGAAUGUGGGUUUGUGCGUGUUGUUUUCAACCUUAAUUGCUUUUACAAGUUGCGAACUGUUGACGCUGAAAAAUGGAGUAAUCAAUGGAACUGUUGGAAAGUCAAGAAAUGGUCGUCCAUUUCAACAAUUUAACAGUAUUCCUUACGCAGAACCUCCCGUGAGAGAAUUGAGAUUCAAGGCUCCAGUUGCAAUUAAUCCAUGGCCUGACGUCAAAGACGUUUCCAACUUACCUCCAAGAUGCAUUCAACCUCCAACUUUUAUCACUUUGGGUGGUUCUGAUAUCAUACAAGAAGACUGUCUUUACUUGAGUGUUUUCGUACCAAAUAAUUUAUUCAAACCUUCUGGUAAAACUCCAGUUAUAGUGUAUAUACAUGGAGGAUCAUUUCAAAUCGGUUCUGCAGGAGGAUACAAUCCCCAAUAUUUUAUGGAUAAAGAUGUCAUCCUUGUAAUAAUUAAUUAUCGACUGGGAGUUUUAGGCUUUUUCGGUUUGAAUAAUGAUGUAAUCAGCGGAAAUUACGGCCUGAAAGACCAAGCGUUAGCAUUGCAAUGGGUAAAAGAAAAUAUUGCAGCUUUUGGAGGUGAUCCUAAUAGAGUGACAUUGAUGGGAGUCAGUGCUGGCGCAGCUUCUGUGCAUUUACACAUGUUUUCUCCGCUCAGUAAAGGACUAUUUCAAAAAGCGAUCAUGUUAAGUGGAAGUGCUUAUUCUGGCUGGGCUGUUCUGGAUCAAGGAUUCGGUGAAGCCAUUUCAACCGCAUUCUUAGUUAUUUCUGGUUGCUUCCGCAACGAUUCCAUCCAAGUUUUGAAAUGUCUUCAACAAUUACCAGUCGACGAUUUCCUGACUUUGGGAAAUAGAUUAUACCUUCGAAACUUCACCGCAUCUAGGAUGUUAUUCAAGCCUAUCACUGAAUAA